UCGCGGAUUCUCGUUCAUUACCCGCGAGUUACAGAAAAAAACUUUGGUAUUAAACCUUGUCGAUUAUAAAAAAGUGACAUAAUCUGUGCCGUGUUGACUUUUUCGUAUGAUUUCGUGUCAGACAGUUUUAGUGCAUUCAAAGACAUAUACCUUUUUACGUUUUCUAGAGACAAUUAUGUGAUGUGAAAGUGUGAACUAAGUGAAAUUUUAAAUGAACUGAAUUUUGGAUAUUAUCGUGUAUUUUUUUGGACAUUUUAGCUGAGAUACUGGAAAGGAGAAUUGGUUACACAAUGAAGCGAUCUCGGCACCGAUGGCUUGGCAUUGGAUUAUUUUGUGUAGCGCUCGCAAUUCUGACAGCGGAUGUGCCCACCACUUCCGCGGCUCGCGCCACGUCACUCAUCUUCGCCAAGAGUACCACCACCACUUCCACAGCAGCUCCUGAGGAGGAGCCCACGGGAUCAGAAGAUGAGACUCAGGUGGACCCCACAGCUGAAACAGCAGAUAACACAACCUCAAAAUACACAGGGAUACCCCAAAUCGACUACGUCCUCGACCCCAAUCUACCACGGGAGCUAAACGGUUACAACUUAUCAGAAUAUCCUUUCUUUGAGAGUGUACCUCCUCCGGAGACCAUGGACUUCAAAUGUGAUGGACUACACGACGGUUUCUAUGCUUCAGUUCCAAAUAAAUGUCAGGUCUACCACCACUGCCUCUUCGGCACCAGGUACGACUUCUUGUGCGCCAACUACACAGCCUUUGAUCAGAAGACCUUCAUCUGCCAGUUCGUAUCGGAGGUUGACUGCAAGAAUUCGCCUGAUUAUUUCCACAGAAACGAAGCCCUCUACAAGUCCGCGUCGACCGAAGCUCCGUCCACCACCAGCACCACCACGACCACCACCACUACUACCCCCCGUCCCCCGCGCCCCGGACGCCGUCGUCCCAAUCCCCGCUAUGACUACUACGACGAUGAUUAUUACUAUCCUAGGGAUGAUUACGAUUAUGAAGAGAGAGGCGGUAGAAGAAAUAGACCACGCGCUAGACCCGGCAAAAGAAGACCAGUCGACGAAUAUGAUGACAGAUACGAAGCUCGCCCAAGACCGCGCGAUGAACCUGAAGAAGACUACGAAGAUAGAAGACCGUACGAGAGACCAAGACCUGCUAAAAGACCAUAUGCAGAUAACAGAAGACCUUACGACGACGAAGAAAGAAGACCGUAUAAAAGUGGCAGAAGACCUGGUAGACGGGAUGAAGAAGAAGAUAGAUAUAGACCUGAUGAGGAGGAUGAAAGACCAAGGGGUGGUAAAAGAGGUGAGAUCAGACCACGGGAUAAGACCAGACCUCGAAAUGAAGACAAAACCAGAGACGAAGUAAGACCUAGAGACGAAAUAAGGGCAAGGGAUGAAAUCAAGCCAAGGGAUGAAAUUAAGCCUAGAGAUGAUAUUAGAUCUAGAGAUGAAAUUAGACCUAGAGAUGAAAUAAGACCCAGGGACGACACAAGAUCUAGAGAUGAAAUACGGCCUAGAGAUGAAAUUAGACCUAGAGACGAAAUUAGACCAAGAGACGAGAUCAGAUCUAGAGAUGAAAUUAGAUCCAGAGAUGAGGUAAUCCCUCGAGAUGAAAAAAGACCUAGAGAUGAAAUAAAACCGAGAGAUGAGUUUACAUCUAGAGAUGAACCAAAACCCAAAGAUGAAAUUAGACCACGUGAUGAAAGACGACCUUUUAGAGAUGAUACUACUUCACAAGACAGUUCUAGAUCAAGAGACCGUUUUCAACCAAAUGAAGGCAGAAGACUAUACGAUCGACCAUCGCGUGGUAGAGAUGACAGGCCAUUCUUAAAACCUGAGAGAAAUUAUGAGGGUGAAGAGAGAAAUCAGGAAGAGAAACGAGAGGUACCUUCAGCUCCUGAAGGGCAAUCGCUUGUGAAACCAAAUGGCCAUGGUAUUUUUAGCAAACCACGACCACCACCAAAAAUAAAAAGACCAGUUCCACUAAAUGAAAAAGAAAAAUAUAACUAUGUUCCUGUUAUUACAACAAAAGCACCACCGAAAGCUGAUGAUGAAUAUUAUGAAGACUAUGACGAAGAUGAUAAUCGAAAACCUAUGCCUUCUGCAAAGACAAGCACUGUUCAGCAACGGCCAAAAUUUGAACCAGUUGAAAAGGAAAAAUUUAAACCUACACGACCACAUUACGCUAGUACGUCUGAAAAGUUAAAAAAACCGAAGAAGCCUAUAGAUUAUGAUGAAGAAGAAUACUAUUAUGAACCACCGGCAAAAUCUCAAAAAUACACCCCAAAAGAGAAAAACGAACGACCAUUGAAGGCCAAAGACGAUGAUUAUUACUACGAUGAAAAAGAUAAAAUUACUGAGAAUCCCAAAAAGUUUUUAGAAGAAGAUGUGACAGUUAAACUAAAAGAAGUAAGACCAGGCGUCAAAGUUAUUAGACGGCCUUUUUUACCGUCUAGGGGUGGGAGUCCUUAUCUCCCAAGAGGACUGCAACCGGUAGCUGGAAAAAAUCUCCGUUUACCCCCUAACACCACCCCUAAACCUACCACCACUUCUACUACAACAACGACCACUACUUCUACUACAACAACUACUACUACAACUACACCUAAGCCUACUACACAAAAACCUACUACAACAGAGAGGAUCACUACAACCACAACAGAAAAGCCUACAACAACCGAAAGACUAACAACAACAGAACGCACUACAACAACAAUCGCUACAGAAAAACCUAGCACAACAGCUGUACCUGAGGAAGAAUACGAAUAUUAUGACGAAGAAGACAUAGAAUACGAAGCGAAAGAUAAAAAAGAGCCCACAGAAGAUACUCUUACAGAAAUUAAAGAGCCACCUACAACAACAGUUCUAACAACGACACUUGCUCGUGAAACCACAACAUAUGAUAGGGAACAAUUUCUGGAAGCAAUUAAAGAUAAACCAAGACUACCAGUCACUACAGAUGAAGCCCCCAGGAUAACAACCACAAAUGAGAGGUUGAGGCCUAUUUAUACUGAGAAACUCAGAACUAAUCUAGACAACGAAAAACCUAGAAACCCAAUAAGAAAUGAGGAGCAACCUAGAUAUUCUGAAUUAGAGGACAGGCCAAGAAAACCCUUAACAACAGACGAGAGAGCUAAAAAUCUAGCUACAAAAGUACUUAGAAACUUCAAUGAUAAUUAUGAAGCUAUCAAAGAGCAACUAGAAUCAACAUUAACGCCUGGUGAUUAUUUAAAACCUUACUUAAAUCAAUUACCUGCACCAUAUAGAGAAGUCAAGAGACCCGAAAUCAGACCAGAAAUUUCCAAAGGUUACACGGCCACUGGGAAACCAUUAAAAAUUCCAGAUAUAAAACAAAAUCUUGCUGAUUCGAUUGAAAACGAAUACGAUGUAAGAUUAAACGAGGCUUUGGCCCCAACACUGCCUGUGAGGAUUCCUAGUGGAUUUGUGAUCCCAUCAGAUAGGGAUUACACGUAUUCUAGAUAUAGAAACAAUCUACAUGCGGAACCUCAGUUCGCAGCAUCUGAGCAAAGCCAUUAUCAAGUAAGAAAACGCCCUCAGAUAUCUGGGGUUAGCAUACGAACGCCCACUUCCUAUUAUUUGCAACCUCAAAGGAUAGUCUAUGAAGAAAGUUUGACAAGACCGUCAAGACAAAUGUUGAGACAACUAGGAAACAUAUUUUAGGUUUAAGAUAUAGAUGAUGCGUCAACAAUAACGUAACUGCAAUUAAGUUUAUUGCUCAUUACUGUACAAUUAGUGCAGGAAUCGUGGACAGAACUAGCUGCAUUUUCGUGAAAAGCCAGGAAUUAAAUAUUUGUAUGUUUAAUUAAAUAUUUUAAAUAUUAUUAUGUUUAUUUUAUGAUUUAUAUUUGACUGCUGGACAAAGAUUUUUUAUAUAAAUCUUCACACUCCACGUUGGUUCAGCGACUCGUUUAAUUUUCUUCACCUAUUAGAAAGUAGAAAGGUAGACAAAUUUUGCGGCUGCUGCUGCAAUAUUAUAUA